UGUUGAUAAUUUGUGAAGCGGUGAACGAAAAGGACGUAUGUAUACAUACGUCUCGUCUUUCAGUUGACUUUCAUCGUCGUUUUGUAGCGAACGUUUCGCACGGAUAUCGAUAAGAAAUUGCAGAAUCGCUACGUAAUAAACUUAAUGCAUGUUUUAAUGGAAAAAUAUACUCGGUACAAGAUCGAAUACUGGACUAAUAAGUUUCUAUAACAGUUGAAAAUUAUUUCAUAUGUAGUGUGAUAUCUAGAAAUCUCCAUAAUAAAAAAUAGCGUCGCGGCGAGCGUGGCGCAAUGCAGUGUAUGUUUGGAUACGGACACAAACUGUACUGUCCCAAGGUGGUACAGAGAGACGUUUGUCUCAAAAGUGGAUGUGAGCACUCGUGGAGUGCGUUAUAGUCAUGCUACCUAUGGUGCAGCCGGAACCAGUGAUCUUCAACUGCGGAGGUCACUCUGUCAAUGGGGCCGCCGCUCCGUUGGUCACGUUACCUCCAUCAUUCACACCGGAGUCUGACGUAGAUGAACUAGUAGACAUCUUUUUUGAUGUUGAUGUUGGAGUUAACACUUUUCCAAGAGUUGAAUCCUGUGAGCUCCAACUGGGAGACACAUGGAGGGGGAUGCAAAGCAAGAUGAGCGUGACAGCGCCGGUUAAGAAGAUAAGAAAAAAGUCAGACAAUAAACCGCAAUCUCAAAUAAAUAAGUGUAACAACGAAAAGAAAAGACGGGAACUCGAAAACGAAACAAUAAAUCAGCUCGAGGAGCUCCUUGGUACAUGUUUGGCCGAAGUUAAGCAGCCGGAUAAGAACGGUAUCGUCCGCGAGGCCACCCGUCAGAUUCAGGAGGUGCUGAAGCGACGGCGUCAGUGCCCCGGCGAGUGCCCGCUGCGCGUCGCACAGUGUCUCUCGCCCGUCCAGGCUGGUGAGGUCAGCUCUACGCAGCCACAACCUCUGGCGUCUGGGUUGCAUUAUUCAGAGAUUGCAACGCUUAUUGAGGCGCUUAAGCAUUAUACUGGAAGCCUCGGUUGGGUUUUAUUGGAAAUAAACUCAAAAGGAGAAAUUGAAUGUGUAACCGAAAAUAUAAAGGAACUUGUUCUGCAGGACAGAACAGAUUUAUAUAAAAAGUCAAUAUUCUCUAUUUUGCAUGUCAACGAUCAAGCUAAGUUAAGACCUUUGUUAAGAGACAUACAGACAUUUACGUGGAGUGCGGGCGAGAUUGAUAAGUUUCAAGCCAUUCAAGCCCGGCUGCUUAUCAAGAAUCCUAAUGGUACUGACGGAUCUGGGUACGUGGAAGCAGUGAUCCACGCUGCGCCAGUGCGCGGCUCGUCCUCGGAGGAGGCCGGCUCCGUCAUGUGCGUCAUCCGGCGCUGCGAGGACGCGUCGGCCGCACUACUCCCCGUCGACGGCGGCCCGCCCGCCAUCACCACUAAACAAACUGAUCAUAUCGUCUUUAGAUUAGACUGCAACUAUAUCAUUCUGUCUUGUGACUUAAGUGGCGUGGAAAACUAUAUAAACUCUCCUUUGUCUCUCGUGGGCACUCGCUAUUUGGAACUAAUCGAAAGUGUUGAUCGUGUUCGUGUGGUGGCACAUCUACAGCAAGCUGUUAGUUAUCCCGCGCCGCCGACUAUCAGUGGUCCUUUUCAUAUACGUAUUGGUGUGGAUCGACCUUGGCUUAGAGUCAGCGCUCGAUCGCGACUGUUCCGGGCGAAACCUACUUCGGGCGAACCUGACUUCAUAAUGUCGACGCACACCGUGCUCGGCGACGACGAUAUGGACCUUCUCGAAGCUGACCAGCCCCGUUCUACUAUCGGCGGCCCGCUGAUGCCCUCCGUCGCUAACGGGGAGUCUUCUACUUGCGAUAACCGAUAUCGUUCCCCGAUGAGCCCGGAGCCCUAUAGUAUUUCUAUUAACGAUUUCGACCUGGAUCCGUGGUCGUCGGCGUUUCAAUUGACUGAUAUGUCGGGCGAAGAUUCGAAGGAUCGGAAAGACAUCUCUACGGAUGCGCCGUUGACUCCGCUGACGCCACAGACGCCACGUGCGCCGUCGACGCCGGGCGACCGCACCCCGCCGGCGGCCGCGCCGCCCGCGCCCCCCGCGCCGCCCGCGCCCCCCGCGCCGCCCGCCGCGCCCGCGCCGCCCGCCGCCGCGCACGCCGCGCUGCCGCCGCACCCCGCGCACCCCGCGCACCCCGCGCACCUCGCGCACCCCGCCCCCGCCUCCGCCGCCGCGUCGCCCGUCGAGGAACCCAAUCGAUUGCGCUCUCUGCUUAGUAAAAAACCGACGUCCAGUACCGCGGAUAGCGGCAUGAACUCCAACAAUCGCAUCUUGAAAGAUCUUCUCAAACAGGAAGAUGAAGAGGCGACUGGAAGCGAAACGUCUGCACCUCAUACACCCCUCACUCCGCACACACCUCAUACACCACACACGCCUGCGGCGGCGAUGUCGCCGCUGCACACUACACAGUCACAUUCACGACCAUCGCCACAUCCCCCACAUCCUCCUCAUCCACCGCAUCCCCCACAUCCUCCUCACGCUCCUCACCCUUCAUCUGUGCAGCACACACUACAACAAUCACAUAAUUCGGAUGUUCUGUUAAGGAUAUUAAACGAUAAGUCGGACGAGGAUGCAGAGGAAAGAAGAAAUUCCGAAGGAAGAAGUACCUCGCAACCGAGUGCAUUGCUCUCUCAAUUACUUUCAAGCACAAAUGGACCUGGUAAUGGGCGAAGUCAAGAUAACAAUGACUAUCUAGAGAGAAUUGCUGGGGUCAAACGCAAGCUUGAAGAAAAAAGCACUUCUGGGAACGUCAAGCGAGCGACACCUGAAAAUCAACAGGUAACUUCGAGUGCCGUUCCCGUCGCAUCGUCAACUCCAUCUUCGACGGCGUCGAGCCCGGCGGCGACGAGUAACGCUGGCAUGAGUCCACUGUGCCAGAAAAACCAAAUCCUAGUAUCGUUGUUGGCGCGGCAGCAGACGACGCCGACGACGCCGCUGCCGCUGCCGAACCCCAACUUGCGAGCGUACGGCCCACCGCUGGCUCGACUCCGCGCGCCGCCGCCGCACCCGCACGCGCACCCGCACCAGCAGCACCAGCAGCACCACCAGCAUCAACAGCAGCAGCAGCAGCAGCAACAACAACAACAGAGACACUCACACCACCACUCCACCCUGUCGACGAUACUCACCGGGCCCGCACACAGUCGGGCGAGCACCGUGAACGGCGGCCCCGGGGCGGGCGCGGCGGGGGCGUCGGGCGCGGCGGGGGCGGCGGGGGCGGCGGGCGCGGCGGGCGGCGAGUGCGCGCCGCAGAGCCACCUGCAGAUGGUGCUGCAGGGCUCCCGCGGCGCCUACGUGCCCGCGCCGCCCGCGCCCGCGCCCCUCCACUACGCCAACACCGCGCCACACCACGUCUACAACAACCAUCCGCCAGGUGGCAGUUCGCGGGCACAAGGCGGCGGCGGUGGCGGGGACAGUGAAGUGCCCAGCGAUCAAACCCUAUCUGAUCUUCUAGACGAAGUAAUCGACCAUAUGCCUGACUCAGACCGACCUGCGCCCGAUGUUAGCGUACUAAUAGAUCAAGAGAGUACUAGACAAUUAAGGUCUUACCAGGGUGUAAAAGAGAAAAAUGCAAUGAUCAAUGCAAUCAGACAAAGUUUAAUGCAGUGUGAAACUGUGACAAAAAGUCCCGUACCGUCGAGUCCAGGAACGCCCCCAGUUUACGACGUCCAAAGCCCGGGGUCGUGCACCAUGGGCGGCAACGUGGGCGGUGUGGGCGGCAUGUACGGCAGCGCGGAGGCUGCGCGGGGCCGGGCGCUCGCCGAGCAGCAUCGUGCGCGACUCCUGCAGAUGCAGCGUUCACAGCAGAUGCUUGUCUCUCCAGAGGCUGCUGAGCAGCCACAGCCAGACCUGAGCUCCACCAUUACUGCACUCGUAUCGGGGACGCCACCUAAUGUGGCUCUCACCCGCACAGCAGACUACCACCAUUUAUAUCACCCAUCCAAUCAAAUGGGUUCAAAUUAUGGUACAAACAAAAUCACAUCGUCGCAACAAAAUCCAAUGCUCAGCCGCCAGUUAAGUGGCCCCGCGGGCACCGGGUACUCGGGCGGCGCGGGCUGCGCGGGCGGCGGCGGUGGCGCGGACAGGGGAGCGCCGCACUCGGUGGCGGCGCUGCACACGCCGCUCACUCCGCAGCCGCAGCCGCAGCCGCAGUACCACCGCGCGCCCACCGCACCCAGGCCCCAUCUAGGUGCAGGGAACGGGAGUGGAGCCGGAAACGCUGGCGGCGCGGGCGGCGCGGGCGGCACGUCCGAGUACGUGCGCAACGAACUGCGCGCGGUCGUCGGCGCGCGCUCCGCCCGCCCCGACCUGCAUCCGCCCAUGCCGCCCUCCGACCUAGACCAGCUCAUGUCCUUCGACAUGUCUUCUAACGAGUACUACGGAGGCGGGCUCGGCGGAGGCGGCGUCGGCGGCGUCGGCGGCGGGCGGUGA